AUGUCGCUCAAUAUCUUCACAUCCUCAUUCCUGCGCACAGCGCCGGGGCUCUCGAGCUGUCGCUGGAGUUCGACAAGUGCCUUGCACCAGCGACUGGGGCUAGGCCAGAGGCAAUCGCCGAAGCCGAAAGUGCAGCACUCUCGACGGCUGCCAAGUCGCCAGAAGAUCAUUGCGGAGCAAAAAGCCCAAGGCGAGAGCAGAGCCCUGGAGAGAUUCCACACGCGCGACUGGAAGGCCGGAGACGUCUAUGCCCCCCACGACCUCAGUCCACAGGAAAUGAAGAAGUGGUCGAAACGGCACAGCCCGUCGAAGGAUGCUUUUGAUGCAUUGAAUCUGAAUCCAUUGGAUCUUUACAAGAACUUCUCCAUCAUGUCCGAAUACAUCUCACCAUUGGGCCGCAUCAAGCACCGCAGCGAGACGGGACUGCGGCCAGUCAACCAGCGCAAGAUUGCCAAGGCGAUCCGGAGAGCGAGAGGUCUGGGGCUUAUGCCCAGCGUGCACAAGCACCCGGAGAUCCUAGCGAGCGAUUCGCGGAGUCGGGAAUCCAUCUGGGCCGCCAGCCCCUCCACAACCCGCGGACAGCCCACCCAGCUGUCGUCGGACGCCAAAGGCGAACGACUGGCCUACGCAGCCAACAAAUCUAUCUUCCUGCGCUCGAUCGACGACCCCGCCGUUGCCAAGCAGUAUACCGAACACAAGGUCCAGACCACCGUUGCCCGCUUCUCGCCCUCCGGGUUCUAUGUCGCCAGCGGUGAUGCCGCGGGUCUCGUGAGAGUGUGGGAUUGCGUCGGUGACGGGAUCCUCAAGGGCGAAUACAGCAUUAUUAACGGCCGCAUCAACGAUCUGGCCUGGGAUGGUGACUCCCAGCGCAUCAUCGCCGUGGGUGAUGGCAAGCAGCGGUAUGGGCACUGCAUCACCUGGGACAGUGGCAACACAGUUGGAGAGAUCUACGGCCACACCCAACAGAUCAAUUCCGUGGCGAUCAGGCAGCAGCGCCCUCUGCGCGCAGCGACUGCGGGCGACGACAAGAAGCUGGUCUUCUACCACGGCGCACCGUUCAAGUUCAACAUGGGAAUUGGUGAUAAGCAUUCCAACUAUAUCUACGGUGUGGGUUUCAGCCCGGAUGGUUCGACCUUGGCCAGCGUGGGCGCGGACCGGAAGAUCUGGCUCUACGACGGGAAGACGGGGGAGACCAAAGGUCAAAUUGGCGAGGGGGAACACACAGGCAGUAUAUUCGGUCUGUCCUGGUCCAAGGACUCGAAGAAAUUUGUGACUGCCAGCGCCGAUCGAACGGUCAAGAUCUGGGAUGUUGAGGCCGGCAAGGCCGCCCAGAGCUGGACCCUGGGCGAGGAGGGUGCCAUGGCUGUCCGAGACCAGCAGGUGGGCGUGGUUUGGCCUCCGGGUAGGAGUGAUAACCUGCUCAUCAGUUUGUCCCUCAGCGGAGACCUGAACUACUUGGUCGAGGGAACUCCUAAACCUAGACAAGUCAUCCAAGGUCACCAAAAGAACAUCACCUCCUUGACCCAGUCCGUGACCGGCGACAAGGAGACCCUGUGGACAGGCAGCUUUGAGGGGCGGGUCUGUAGCUGGGAUGUUGCUUCUGGAACUGCCGAGGAGAUUGAGGGUGAUAGUCACUCGGGGUACAUCGCUGGGCUGGCACCAACUUCGGAAGGCGCAGGUCGGAUUUACAGUGUCGGCUGGGACGAUACGAUCCGCUCCGUUGACGUCGCCGCGAAGACAUACACCGGCAGCACGACGAAGCUCACGGGACAGCCCAAGGGCAUCGCGGCCGGCGACUCGACAGUGCUGGUUGGUGCUGCCGAAGCAGUCGAGAUCUUCAACGACGGCAAGAAGACGGGAGAGUACAAGACCAAGUUCGCCGUCACCACUGUGGCCGCGCAUGGUGCCAUCGCGGCCGUUGGCGGCGAGGAUGGCUCCGUGGAGAUUUGUGAUGUGUCCAGCUCUAGCUUGUCAUCGCGCGCCUUGAUCAAGGCCUCGCGCAACCAAAUCUCAACCAUCUCCUUCUCCCCUGAUGCCUCGCUGCUGGCUAUCGGCGACCUGCGGGGACGUGUGCUGGUGCACAAGGUGGCCGACGGCAGUCUGGUCACGGAUCGGUGGACGGCGCAUAAUGCUCGCAUCACGUCGCUGGCUUGGAACAAGGCCGGCUCCCAUGUAGUCAGUGGGUCGUUAGAUACCAAUAUCUUUGUCUGGAGCCUGGCCAACCCCGGCGACUGGUUAGAGGUCAAGAACGCACACAAGGAGGGUGUCAAUGGCGUUACAUGGAUCGAGGGCAGCACUAAGAUCGCGUCGGCGGGCGCGGAUGCUGCGGUGAAGGUGUGGAAGGUGGAGGGUUUGAAAUGA